AUGGAGAGAUCAUUUAUUGGAUCUUCAAUAUCGUUAUGCUGCUCCCGGGAGCUUCAUGAGCUGCUUGACUCAGGAAGCUGCACAAUCUUUGGCGCUAGCCAUGUCACUGGGUUCAGUAUUGACGUCUUUAAGGCUGCACUGGAAGUAUUACCAUACGCUACGUUUGAGUUUAUUCCCUUUUCAAAGUCUGAUGGCAGGCAAGCACCAAUGCUGGCGCUUAAAAUGAUUUGGUCUAUCGAGUAUAUCUUUGGAUAA